CGAGUGUUCUUAGUUGGCAUAUACUUGUAAUGCGAAUAAGAAUUUUUGUGAAAAUAUGCAGUUCCUACUUUUAUUUGUUUUGACAAAAAUAGUCUCAAUCCAUUGUCAACAGACAUUUCUUGACGUAAAAUUCGGGCCACUCUUGAAAAACGUUCAGAUAUUUAUGGUGGACUUAUUAAAACCCAAAAAUUUUGAGCUUCAAUAUACAAUUAAUAUGAGGAAUGGUAAAACGCAACCAAUUUUCGACGGUCCUUUUUUCUGUCCAAUUGAUGGUCCUGGAAAAAGAAGUGAAUCCAGACCAGCAUCUGUACACAGAUUAACACCGGGUGAUAUUGAUGUAGUAGCAGCUAUGGGAGAUUCACUUACAACUGCUAAUGGUGCUCUUGCUAAUUAUGAACUACAGACAGCUUUAGAGUAUAGAGGAAUUUCAUGGUCAGGUGGUGGAAUAGACAACUGGAGAAGAUACAUAACAUUACCAAAUCUAAUUAAGGUAUACAACCCAAAUGUCUAUGGAUAUUCAGAAUUUCCAUUUUCAAUGGGAUAUCAACGAGAGAGUAAAUUUAAUGUUGCAGAACCAGGUGCACUUACGAGUGACAUAUCACUUCAAGCAAUGAACCUUGUAAAACGAAUGAAAUCUGACAUCAAAGUUGACAUAAGAAGUCAUUGGAAGUUAAUUACCAUAACAAUUGGUGCGAAUGAUUUCUGUUCACAAGUUUGUUUCUAUGAUGAUCAAGAAAAAUUAAUUAAAGACGCAGAAAGGAACAUAAUCCAUUCAUUGAGAAUUAUUCGCGAUAAUCUUCCACGUGCAUUAUUGAACCUUGUAAUACCGUUUGAUGUUGGGUUGCUCCUCACCUUUAAACAAGUUCCACGUAAUUGUAAAGUUUUUCAUUAUGCAGAAUGCCAAUGCUUGAAAAGCCUAACACAAUUUAGAAAGAUCAAAAGAACGAUGAAAACAAUAAAAAUUUGGAGAGAUAGAAUAGCUCGAAUCCCCGACAUGAAGGAAUUUCAUUACCGCGAUGAUUUUGAGAUUAAUUUAAUAAAGUUUAUCAAGGAUAUGCGAUUCGCAGAGACUAGAAAUAAUAAAACAGAUUAUUCAUUCUUCGCUGAAGAUUGCUUUCAUCUUUCUCAAAAAGGACAGAGCUAUUUCGCAAUGAAUUUAUGGAAUCAAAUGUUGACUAAAGAGAGUGAAAGACCUUCAACAGCAAGUUUUAACUAUGCAGAUUUUAAAUGCCCAACUUAUGAAAAUCCAUAUUUCCGAACAAGAAAGAAUUAAAUUAAUAAAUAAAACUUUAAAUAUAUGCAGGUAGCUCACAAGUAAUUUAAAGUAUUGUAAAAAAAUUAACGGUUGUUAAAAUUUCAAAUUUGUAGCUCAAUUGCGAUGGGGGGUAAAAUCCCCGAAAGAUAUUAAUUCCACGAUUCUGUGGGAUAAUAACCCCGAAAAUCGCAAAUUUUUAAAUGUUCCAUGCGGGAUAUAUCUCCCAGGUAGAUAAUAAUUUCACUUACAUUUCUAAGUGGGAUUAUCUUUAUUAUUAUCUUUAUGGAACACGAUUAAAAUUAUGGAAUAAAUUAAAUCCAAAAACUUAUUUGUCAUAGUGGAU